UUAUUUUUUACGUUUUACUUAAAUAUUUACGUUAUACACAACACAAAAAACUACAUAUUUGAAAAUGUUACAAAAUUGUAAUGUUGUGUCAAUGAUAUUUUAUUUAUUGGGAUGAGACGUUAUUGGACCAGCAGUGGCCAAUUAUGGAUGUCAAAAUGUUCUUGCUACCUGAUCAACGACAAUCGCACGCUCCGCCCGCAAGUUACGUUAUUCCCUGGUGAUCGUUGCGAUCGUCGCUUCGAGGUAACGUGAUUCCCCUCCGUCGAGCGACGGAUAUGUUUAACUGAGCUAUCACGUGUGCACUCACAGAUAAAACCACAUCAGAUUAGAAGAACAAAGACGCUCGCCUAUCGAUCCAAAUACACACGAGUGUGACUGAUCAUAAUUGCUCUUUCAGAGUUGUGAGUCGCCGUGAUGGAGGCCGCGGCGGCAUCAGUCCUGACGCGAGCGGUCGAGAUGGACAAGAAAGAGCGAUACACAAUGGCAUUGGUGCUGUACCAGGAGGGCGUGCAGAUCCUCCUCGACACGAUAAAAGAGACGAAGGAAGUCCGCAAAGUGGAGUACCUCACGUCCAAGGCGAAGGAGUACCUCGACCGGGCCGAGAAGGUAAAAGAGCUGAUCAGCAGGAGGAAGUCGAUCGGCACGUACAGGGAGUUGAGCAGGAUCGAGGACGGGUCGACCGGGCACGGCUACGCGAGUGUCUUCGGCAGAUUCCUGGACGCUACUGUUACGCAUAUCGACAUCGAGGAUCCGUACAUACGGGUCUUUCAUCAGUGCCAGAAUCUGGUCAGAUUGUGCGAAUUAGCUGUACAGAAGUGCUCUGCACUGACCAGUAUAUCCCUACUGACGACUUGCAUUGCAGAGGAACAUAACGGGCAGGAGCAAAUCACGAGAUUAGCUGAACUGAAGGAGAGUCUGGCGAAUCGCAACAUCGCUUUCGACUUUUCCUUUUCCGAGACGUUGCAUGACAGGCAGAUCAAAUUAAGUAACGGAUGGGUGAUAAAAAUCGGGCGUGGAUUAGACUAUUUUAAGGCACCAGAGGGCAAAUUUGUUCUCGGCUCGUGCGAUUUGGAGUUAAGGCCGUGUCUGGAGACUACUGUAGACAUUUUUCAUAAAAAUCAACUUAAGGGCGGAGCAAAUUAAGACAUUCAAUUAACAAGAUAAUGGUUAAUAGAUAUAUAUAUAUUUUUAUAAAUGCGUAUGUGUAUUAUGGCACAUUUUUUUAGCACAUUACAAAAUAAAGUAUUCAUAUUUUUUACAGUACACAACCUUGCAAUACGGUGCGUCGAAAAUUACAUGUAAAUCUGUACAUUUUUAACAUACAUACUUGUUUUCCCCGCGUUACGCUUUUUUAUAAUAUAAUAAAAUACCGUGAUUAUAUUAUA